AUGGCGUGGAGGACGGCGUCGAUGCUGCUGCUGGUGGCGCUCGCGGUGGCGACGCGCGCCGACGCCGGAGGGAACUACGGCGCGUCCAAGUUCAGGAUAACCGGCACCGUGCUGUGCCAGGACUGCACCAAGAACUGGAACGCCUACGCCUACAACGCCAAGCCCGUCAACGGCAGCACGGUGGCGGUGACGUGCCUGGACAAGCACAGGGGGCGGACGGUGUUCUACGGCAAGGACGCGACGGACGAGAAGGGGGUGUUCAACGUGGAGGUGCCGUACCAGCUGGACAGCUGCCAGCUCGACCCGUCCGAGUGCCUCGUCCGCCUCGUCGCGUCCGGGAACGAAGGGUGCGCCGUGCUCACCAACUUCAACGGCGGCAGGAUCGGCGAGAAGCCUUCGCGCCCCUACCGGAGCUGCCCCGGCGAGGUCGCCUACCGGGCCGGGCCCUACUACUCCACCCUGCCGCAGUGCGACGUCGACGACGACGACAAGAGCUGCUCCUGA